CCGGGUUAGGGACGGGAGUAUGGAGGAGAUCCUGAACCAAGCCCAGAGAGAACAGGAUAAAAGCCGGAGAGAGCCAUGAGGCGAAGAGAUUUGAUGUCGCGAAUCCGUCCCGGCCCUAGCAACCAACCUCAGCCAAUCCGCUCGUCCUUUACUACCAGUGUCCGCGCGAGCCAAUCCGUUCGCCCCUUACUACGAGGGUCUGCGACAGCGUGUUCUCCCCGGUUCUGUGAAGCUGUGAUGGCGCCGCUGAAGCUCUGCAUCCCAGGAGAGAGAUUGUGCAGCGCUGAGGACGGCACUCCUGGUAAUGGCACGUACUCCAGACACGGAUAUAUUUUUGCAUCUUUAGCUGGUUAUGUAGUGAAGGAAAAUGACAAUGGAAUGGUGCCAGUCAUUUCGGUAGUUCGGGACUCAGAGCCUCAGCUCCUGCCAGAGGUUGGUGUUGUUGUAACGUGCAAGGUGACCAGUAUUAACCCACGGUUUGUCAAAGUCCAUAUUUUAUACGUGCGAUCCACUCCACUGAAAGGGACAUUUCGAGGAACCAUCAGAAGAGAAGAUAUUCGAGCAACAGAAAAGGACAAGGAGCUUUCAGAAGAACAGUGUCUUACACUUGGAAUAUAUUUUAUUGGCUGUGAAGCACUUCGGAACGACCUAGGGAUAAGAAAGAUUUCUCUAGGUGAUGCUCAGUCCAACUACCUGCUGACUACAGCAGAGAAUGAACUUGGUGUAGUAGUUGCACACAGUGAGGCAGGUGAGCAGAUGGUUCCCAUCAGCUGGUGUGAGAUGCAAUGCCCCAAAUCUCAUGGGAAAGAAUUCAGGAAAGUAGCUCGUGUUCAACCCGAAUUCCUUCACACCUGAGCCUUGUCAUGAAGAACAGCAAGGGAAUAUUUCCAUACCCUUGAAAGAUGUUGCUUCUGUGAAGCUAGUUCAUACUGAAAUUAUUGUUUGACAGUCACUCCUGUGGUUGGAUGUAUAAAUGACGGAACUAAAUUCAGUAGGACUUCGGAGCCAGAGUGAUUGCCUUUCCUUUUUUUCUGUUACUUACUGCCUGAGAUACUGAGUGACAUCACAGAUUUUACAUUUUUUAAACAAAAUAAGUAUUUUUCUUCUAUUAAAGUUUAGAUUUGAA